CAUUUUGCAUGUCUUUCCUUGCAAUGUACGUAGUAUAUAUAUAGACAUUCACAUAAGUAAGAAAAACAAAGCAAUUUGCUAAUUACAUUUGCAUACAUACAUUAGCAAUUUCAUUCAUAAUUCAUAAUCAAUUGUGAGAAGCUAGAAAGAAAAAAAAAAAAAAAAAAAAAUGAAGUUUUCGAUUUUUAGUAUUUUCGUCAAAACAUUGGCUCUAUUGCUCAUCUUGACAAUAAGUCAUGCGGAUCAAUCUCAUGGUUCUAGUUUGAAACAUGGACGAUCAAAACCGGGCUAUGGUCGUAAAUCCCAUGGUUCGGUUCAUGGAAUAAAGGGCCAUGGUUCCAAUGGUCGACAUAUGGGUCAUGGAAGAAACAAGCCCCCUAGGUUUAAUCUUCCAAUUAUUUCAGGACCUCCUCUAGAUCUAAGUCCUAUUAUUGGUCCUCCAAGUACUCCUACCCCUACUACACCUUCUGGUUUGCAAGUUGGCUUCUAUAAAGGUUUGUGCCCUAACAAACUAGUGGAUAUAGAGGCAGCACUCACAACCAAAGUACAAGAACAUUUUCGAAAGGAUCCAUCUAUUCUUCCUGCCCUGCUCCGUAUGCAAUUUCAUGAUUGUUUUGUACAUGGAUGUGAUGCAUCAAUCCUUAUAAAUGGACUCUCCUCUGAGAAGACAGCCGGACCCAACCUUAGUGUACGAGGAUAUGAUUUGAUUGAUGCCUUGAAAGAUAUAGCAGAAGCACAAUGCCCGGGUGUUGUAUCAUGUGCUGACAUCAUUGCUAUUGCUACUAAAGAAGUUCUUAGAAUGGGAGGUGGACCAAACUACUCAAUACAAACAGGGCGAAGAGAUGGACUAAUAUCAAGAGCCCAAGAUGUGAAUCUUCCAAGUCCAUUUUUGACAGUGAGUGAAACCAUUUCAGCAUUCAAUGCUAAGAAAUUCACAACGGAAGAAAUAGUUAUUCUUUUAGGUUGUCACACAGUUGGUGUCUCAAGUUGUGGAUUCUUCCAGGAUAGACUUUACCAAGGUACUACCCAGUUCGACCCAAUUAUGGAUCCAACUCUUCGCAAACAACUUAUGCCAAUAUGUCCCAAGGGCACAACAGCGAACAAUUCCACAUUUCUUGAUCAAAAUUCACAAAGCUCAAAUAUAGUUGACAAUUCUUUCUUUGUCCAAAUCCUUGAGCAAAGAGGAAUUCUUCCAAUCGACCAAUCAUUGGCUCGUGAUCCUAAAACAGUUUCAUUUGUUAAACAAUUCGCUCAAAGUGCUUCCUUGUUCAACUCUAAAUUGGCUAGUGCCAUGGUGAAAUUGCAGGCACUCGAUGUACUUACCGGUAGCCAAGGAGAGAUUAGAAAAACUUGCAAUAGGUUCAACUAAUUAAAGUUCUAAGCUGUAGGCUAUUUUAUGUUAUUAGCCCAGGAAUGGAACAUGGUUAGCUAUAUUUUAAUUCUAUAUUUAAGCAAUUGUAUUUGCAUUUAUAUGAAUGUAAUAAUAUGUUAACUUUAAUGCCUAUACAUUCU